ACCUCUGUCCAAGUAUACCACAUCCACAGCCACCCCUCUGUCCAAGUAUACCACAUCCACUGCCACCCCUCAGUCCAUGUAUACCACAUCCACUGCCACCCCUCAGUCCAUGUAUACAACAUCCACCGCCACCCUUCUGUCCAAGUAUACCAGGUCCACCACCACCCCUCUGUCCAAGUAUACCACAUCCACCGCUACACCUUCUGUCCAAGUAUGCUAUGUCCACCACCACCCCUCUGUACAAGUAUGCCACAUCCACCACCACCCC